AUGUUCGUCUCUCGUUGGUUUCGUCUUGUCCUGCACGAUGUCCUCGCUCCGUCCUGCUUACAUCACUUCCUGCUGGAGUUUGUAGGCACCGCCCUCUUCCUGUUGGCCAGCCUAUCUGCUGUCCUGAUAAGACCCAACCUGAGAUCAGCUGUCAGUCUGACCAAUCAGAGCUGCCCGUCUUUGGGCGAAUCAGAACUUGUACCUGCAUGUCCUCUGCAUGUGGUCCUGGUCUUCGGUCUUUCUGUUGCCAUGGCAGCGCUCUGUGUGGGUGGGGCACCUCACCUGAACCCAGCGGUUUCCAUAGCAAUGGCUUUGACCCUGAGGCUCCGCCUGUGGAGGGCUGCACUGUACAUGAUUGGUCAGCUGUUGGGGGGCGUGGCCUCUGCAGGGCUGCUGAUGGGCCUGACCAGAGACAUGACGCCCGCUCUAAACCAGGUGUCUUCAGGAGUUCAGCUGCACCAGGCAGUUACCGUGGAAACGCUCGUCACCCUCCAGCUGGUCCUGGUUGUCCUGAGGACCACAGACGUCUCUCUGCCGGCAGCAGCACCUCCUCUGUUGGUCGGUCUGGCUGUCAGUCUGGGUCACCUGGUGGCUGUGGGGGCCACAGGUUGUGGGAUGAACCCAGCUCGGUCAUUUGGCCCAGCUGUCGUCACACUGGACUUCAGAAACCACUGGGUGUUCUGGGCGGGGCCUGCUCUGGGGGCGUGCCUUGCUGCCCUCCUGAAUGACCUGUUGCUGCGGCCGCGCUGGCGUUGCCCCAAAGACUGGUGGGUGGAGCUAAAGCAGCUGUAUGAACUGACCGACAAGCAGCAGGAGGGGGCACUGUCACAGCUGCCGUAA